UUCUAAUAGAAUUAAAAAUGCAACUAAGGGUUAAAGCAAAUAAAAAGGAGUACUUUGACUUCUCAAAUAUAUCGAAUGUGAGGAAUAAUCAUUUAUAUGUAGGAUAAACACUUUAUGGUCUAAUUUAAUAAGAUUGCAAAUUAAUUAAUAAAAGAUUACCAACUCAAACUAAUUAGUUCUAUAAAUGAAUUUAUUGCAAAAUAAAAUCAAACUAAUAUCAAAGACUAUGACAAAAAAUACUAUUAAUAGGAAGAAAGAUCAAUCUUACAAAAUUCAUAAUAUAAAGGAAAUAAUUAGGAAAAACCCUUUAUAGAAAAAAAGAUUGAGUUUACUAGAAAAGAAGUCUUUGUCUUAUUAUUAAUGAUGUAUUCGAAUGUUUUAGAUAAGGAUAAUCAAAACACGAGAGGGUUUUAUCAGAUUAAUAUGGAAUUAAUAAAAUAGAGUUAAUCAAAAUAAUCUUAAGAAAAGCUCAAGUGUAUUCAUUCUUACUUUAUUAAUUUUUACAACAGAUUUUUCAAAGAAAAUGAUGUCGUAAGCAAUGAUUCAAAUGAAGUUCAAAGGCAAAUUUAAAAUAUCGAAAAAGAGAUUUAGGAAGAAUAACAACACCAUGCUAAAAAAAUAGAAUAAUUAAAUCAAAGGAUACAAAUGAUUCGUAGAUAAUUCUUAAAUAAUAACCCAAAGGAAUAAUCAGAAAAGUAGUAUCAAGAUGAAUUGGUUACAUUUAUUAGAAGAACUGAGUUUCGAAACUAUAAAGAAAUAUACAAUGAUUAACAGUGUUCUUUGAGUCAGUUUCUAAAGAAUAAAGGAAGGUGCGAGGACUUUUAAAAUUCUAUUUUAGUGAAUUUUGCAGAUAAAAAUGUAGGUGGCUUAAGUUUAGAUUAGCUAAACAUAGCUUAAGAGGAAGUAAUGAUUUAAAUUAACUUUCUAAUAGGUUUUGAUGUUAACUCAUCCAGAAGCACUUAUAAGCAUGUUAUUUAUGGAACCUAUGAAUGACAAUGAAGCCAUUCUCAUUAAAAAUCUAAUUAAAUUUAAUGAUUAUGAUGGAUAUGGACUAACUUUUAGAUAAAAGGAGGAAGAUUAUUUUAAAUAGAAUUCUGAUUCUUCCAUAAAAUAACAUAAUGAGUUUUCUCAAAGACAACAAGAAUUAAACAAUUAAAAAGACUCUCAAAAUAAGAAAAUUAUAAUAAAUCAUAUCUUAGUAAUAUUUAGAUUUAAUAUUUAGUGUAUGGAUGCAAUAUUCUAUUAAAAUUGGCAAAUGUAAUUUGAUGAAUCGUUUAUUAAUAGAGAAUUGGUGAAGAGUUAUAUUGCUUUUUCCUUGGCUCUCGAUCACACAGAUAGUGAAAAUAUAUCUACUGGUAAAUGGGGUUGUGGGAUUUUUAAUGGGGAUAUCGAAUUAAAAUUUUUAAUUUAAUUGCUUGCAUUCUCAAAAGCUAAUUAAGACAAUUAGUAUAGUAAUGAUGAUUUCAAAAAUAAGAAAAGAAGAUAUAUAAGUUUUAGUUCUUUUCAUGAUAAUGAAUUUGACUCUGUGAUUUAAUAUUACUAAUAAGACUUAAUGAAGUAAACAGAAUAAAAAUAUAGCAUAACAAUAAUUAAUAAUGUGAUUGAAAACUUAAAGUGUUAGUUCAAACAAUAAAUUUCAAGGGGUUUUUAUAAAUGA